GAACUCACGUCAGUGUUGUCGAGUUGGGCUAGUUGUCGGGAUGCUCAAAAAAAGUGAUGUUUUGAUAGCGCCACAGUAUUUACAUCUUUCAGAGGGAUAGGGGAAAGUAUUGUAGCAUUCAAAACGACACACAUCACCUUUAGCUAAUCCUGCAGGACUGAAUGGCUUUGUACGUGUCAGUGUAGGAUAAGUGCAAGAUGCUGUAAGGAGGUGCUCAGGCAGAUGUGUAUUAGCUAAUGUUGUCUGGGUUGGGCAGGGCUAAUAGACAGACCAUAACACUAUGACAUCAUCAAGAGAGUGGGGGCAAGCUGGGCUGAGAGAGAGAGAGAGAGAGGGAAUGAAGAAGAGAGGGAGGGAUUAAGCAAGCCACAGUAAGGGACAGAGAAACUGUCAGAAAGCAGAGAGAGAGAGAGAGAGAGAGGACGCAGGGCUAGACUCAGUCCGCACAGAACCUUGUGGAUUUCUCCUUUUCUUCCAUUGCAUCUUUCCUUUCCCCUUUCCCUUGCCAUCCCCCCUUCCCCUCCCUCUUCCCCCCACUGUCCUCUCCGCUCUGGACCGCUCCUCCGGGCAUGCUACUUAAGCCCAAGUAUGGCCGCUUCCGGAACGACUCUGUGACCUCCUCCGACGACCUGAUGCAGAGCCUAGCCAUGAGCGGGAAGAUGGUGGCCACGUCGGUGGCCUCCUCGUCCGCGCCUGGCUUGGAGCUGCCGCCCCUGGAGACCGCUGCCCUUCCUCCGCCUUCGGCCCAGGUGCUGGCCGACUCACCCGGGCUGGACGCCGAGCAGGACGGGACCACCACCUUCUGCAUGCUCAUUCCCAAGAUGCCCCAAUGGAAGUUUUCCAACUCGUUGCUCAGCCGUAGCCCGUCCAAUAGCAGCUCCGGCUCCAAUUCCAGCAAGGAAUCCAGCAGGGCGCCUCCAACCGAUAGUUCCCCUGCUACGGCCUUCGGAGGGGCGACCGCCCCCAGUGGUCCUGUUGCAAGUCUUGCAGCUGUGUUCAACUCCUGUGACCCUGUUUGUGUGGGUCCCUGUUCCCUACAGGCCGCCAGGAGGCAGAGGGCAAGUCCAAGAGAGUCCAGUGCAGGGGCCGCCGAGGGGAGUCCAGGUGGAUCUGGGAGCUUCAGGACCGGGAUGAACCGGAGGAACAGGGUGGAGGGAAUAUGGCUGGGAGAUAACUUUACCCAGAAGGGCAGCUUCAUCAAUAAGCCCUCGCAGGGGUGGUUGCACCCAGACAAAAAGAUCAGCAGUACAGGAGCUUCGUACAUUGUCAGGUACAUGGGCUGCAUUGAGGUUCUAAAAUCGAUGAGAUCUUUGGACUUCAGCACAAGGACACACGUCACCAGGGAGGCCAUCAACAGGCUGUGUGAAGUUGUACCCGGAGGAAAAGCUGCCUGGAAGAAGAAAACCACCAACAAAACCCUCCAGUCUAUCAUGGGGAAGAGUAACCUACGUUUCGCUGGAAUGAGCAUCGGCGUCAACAUCUCCAUUGAUGGCUUGAGUCUACUCGUCCCCACCACGCGACAGGUGAUUGCCCAUCACCCCAUGCAGUCCAUAUCUUUCGCCUCUGGUGGAGACUCGGAUACACCCGAUUACGUCGCCUAUGUGGCCAAAGACCCUGUCAAUCAAAGAGCGUGUCACAUCCUGGAGUGCUCUGAAGGUCUUGCCCAGAAUGUGAUCAGUACCAUCGGCCAGGCCUUCGAACUGCAGUUCAAACAGUAUCUACACAGCCCACCCAAAGCCAUUCCCAGCAUGGAUAGGACUAUACGAACAGAAGAGUCAGCGUGGGGGGAGGACGAGGAAUCGUCUGAGCACGAUUACUACAACAGCAUCCCAGGGAAGGAGCCUCCCGUUGGGGGAGUGGUGGACUCUAGGCUCAGGCCUCCAGCGGGCCUACUGGGUCACGUCCACACACAACCACAGAGCAAAACCGCUCAGAUGGGGUCACCAGCCAAAAGAGAUGUUUGCAGCCUCCCUGCCGCCCACUUGUGUUAUGAAGUGCACUGGGACACGGAGAACAGCAGCUCAAGUUUGACUUCCGAUGGUUAUCUGCGAGCAGACGGUCAUCCUCACGGCAGCCGCGAUUAUGAGGAACACCUGUACGUAAACACCCAGAAUCUGGACAACAUGGAGGCUUCAAUGGACGCCCAAAGAGGACGCAGACCCGAGAGCCCGAAGAAAGACAUUUUUGAUAUGAGGCCGUUUGAGGACGCCCUGCGUCUACAUGAAGCCAGUGGAGUUUGCGUACUGGAGGACAAGUGGCCGAGUCCCCCACGGCGCCGGGCCCCCGUCGCACCCACAGAGGACCAGCUCCGGCGGGAGAUGUGGUACCACGGACGCAUGAGCCGCAGGGACGCAGAGAAUCUGCUGGGCCGAGACGGGGACUUCCUGGUGCGGGACAGCGCCACUAACCCAGGCCAAUAUGUCCUGACUGGGAUGCAGUGUGGGCUUCCCAAACAUCUGCUGCUAGUGGAUCCAGAAGGAGUGGUUCGGACUAAAGACAUGCUUUUUGAGAGCAUCAGUCACCUGAUCAACUACCACCUGACAAACAAGCUGCCAAUCGUUGCAGCGGAGAGCGAGUUACACCUCCAGCAGGUGGUCUGCAGAAAGCACUGACCUCCAUUUGAAGCCCGUAUACAUGGGUUAAAGGCCAUCCCCUGUGCCGCCAAUCUAGAGGCCUCACACUUGCCUUAAACACAGACUGUGAGCUUCCACUGGGACUUGUGGGAUAUCCCUGUUCCCUAGGCACUGACCGCAAACAGCUUUCAGCAUGCCCUGUUAAAUCGACCCCUUCUUCAAC